CAAGCCCAGUAUGAGUUCUUCCUUUAAAAACAAGUGGACACGAAGUUCUCCAGCACUUCAUCUCACUGUACCACAUCAUGAAGUAGAGAGAGAAGUAUAUCUAAGUUUAAUGCAACGUGGAGAUCAAAAUCGACACAUAAAAGAUGCAACGAUUAAAAUCAUCAGUGGGUUUGGUUCUGCUCUGUGUUAUGCACAUGUGGAUCGAAUCUACGAAUGGGUGCUUCUCUGGAGAUGCUGAAUUAGAACUGAAUCUGGACCAGAAGCUUAUAACUGCUGAAGCAGGAUGUGCACGUAUCCCAUGUGCAUUUCUUGAUGUACCAAAAGCAAUCAAUGCCAAACAGAUCUGGUUUAAAGGCAGCCCAGAUUUCCCCCUCACCCCGCCAGAGAUAGAAAGAAAGAAUGGACUGACAAAAACACUUUCUACACUACAAGAAUGCAGUGUUAUUCUGUGGGACCUCAUUGGACAGGACAGAACUGAAGAAUAUGGGUUCAUGUUAGAACUGACAACACAUGAAAAACACAUCUUUACUGAGAGAGUCAAUGUGUUUUACUCUGCUGCAAAAGUGAACAUCACUCUAAGCACUGAUGUCCUUGUAGCCACAAAGAUGGCAAUUCUCACUUGCAGUAUUUCAAACCUCUGUCCUGGUAGUGAUUCAAAAGUAACUUGGAAGGGGCUUGGCUCAAAACCGCUUCCAAUGGAAAAUAAGGAGCUUCAUUUCAUACCUGUCCCUGAAGAUCACCAAGCAGAAAUCACAUGUGAAGUCACGUUUGGAAAAAAUCUGACCGCCAGUGCUACGGUUACUUUAACGGUUCAAUCUCAGCCUCAGAUACUGAACAGUUCUGCAUGCACACUAAAGCAAGAUCUUCUCACCUGUGUGUGUGUGAGUCGGGGUGUACCUUUGCCUGAUAUUCACUGGCCCCUACUGCAGGACAAUCAAAAUUUUAAUCCAUUCAGGGCGUCGGACCAUCAUGUGACUGUAAACAGCACCUUCACAAUGACUGCUGAAGAUUUCGGCAGCAAAGGUGCUGUGAUUUGUGUCAGCAGAAAUGACCUUGGUCAGGCAUAUAUGACACUUCCAGUGAUCACUGAAGGUAAUCCAGAUCAUGCAAAUGAACUUCCUGUGAGUUUUGAAGAUAAUCCAGACACUGAAUAAAAAUAAGUGUAGUAGUUAUUAUAUUAUGCUAUGUAUAAGGCAUAUUGCAGUGCCUUGGGUUUCAGCUACAAUUGUGUGUUCAUGAUACAAUAUAUAUACAUUUUUGCAUGCAUUUGAAUUAUUUUUGUGUGUGUGAAAUAAGUGCAAUUCGUGUGAAUUUGGCUUACGCAUGGCUACAUUAAAAAUACAAACACUGGACUGGUUUCCUUGUGUUUUAUUGCUUUACAUUUAGAUUAUGAUAUCCUGUUUAAAUGGUUAAAUAUUGUUAAGAAGAAACAAAAUCAAAUCAUUUCUACUCGUUUCUUGACAUGUUAUGUAUUUUUUUAAUAUGUGUGUAGAAAACCUUUCUAUUAAAAUACAUUUUGCAUUCAGAACAGUAGGCUGCUGUGGAUGUUAAUGCUGGCAAUCUGCUGGUUUGUGGGUCAUUCUACAGAAACGUCCACUUUUGGUAUGGCAAGAUGUCUUAAAAUGUAUUUCUUUUUCUAACAUUUAAACUUAGACCACAAUACUCUUUGACUUUAUGAGUACACAUAAAUGACAGCUUAAUGCUUUUUUGUGUGCAUGUACUUCAAGACUGCAUAGACCUUUUUUGUCACUGGUGUUACCUUACCUCUUUAGCAAUAUUAAAGGUGUUUAUGCAUUUUUUUUCAGCUUUAAAGCUUAAUUCUUAAGUGUAGCAGAAUUCAAUAAAUUAAAAUGUAUCAGUCACAUGUGAAAGAUUUUAUUUAAUGUGAAAACAAACAUAACACCCAUAAGGAAGGUAACACCAGUGACAAUUUUGAUGAAAACGGCAUUUUACAAAAUUUCUGCUGCAAAGUAUCAAACAACAUGUUGUCAAUCAUUGUAUAUACACUUAAUUAAGUAGUUUAAUCCAUUUGGAUUUUAGUUUUUUGCAAUUCUCAAACAAUAAAGGAGGUCAUACAGUGACUUAAACUAAAA